CCUCGCUUUAAGUUCAUUUCACACUCAGCUGUAAACCAAAGAGCAGUUCAAAUACAUUUUGGGACUUGCACGAAGAAUCAGCUUUGCACGGUUUUUCGCCGUCUUUACACCACAGCAAAGACUUGCGUCAAUGCAACUUUGUUUCUUUCGCUAGAUUUGAGAAGUAUAAACCAUAUUUCUCCUUUUCGCUUAAACAAUAGCUGCAGUGAUGUCUUCGUUUGUAUUUGGAAAUAACGUCAACCGAGAAGAUACAGAAAAUCUUGGACCAAGGCGUGUAAAACAAGUGAACACUGGUCUGACUACGAGAAAUGCACCGAAAAGGGCAGCACUUGGAAGUAUAUCAAACAAUAUACGGGUUCAGCCAUCCAGGGCAGCAAAGACUGGAGUAGAAAAUGUAGGUCAAGAUGAAAACGCAUUUGUAAAGUCAGCAAAAAUAUUUGGAGGCCAAGAGAACAAGCCAUUUUCAAUCUUUGUGGAAGAGCAGCCAGCCAGACAACCACUGAAGGCAGUGACCCGGUCCACAAAUGUGACGAAGCCUGCCGCCACACUCUGUGACAUCACAUCAUUGGUUCGACCUCCACUGGGACCCAUCUCAACAGCCACAGAAGAUGGGGCAGUGUGCCAGGAUGUGGAAUUUGAUUCACCAAUGGUUUUGGAUUCCACAAUAGAAGAAAUUGAAGAGACAAGACCUCUUGACAGAGAAUCCAUUAUCACCACUGUCCCAGAGUACGCUAAAGAAAUCUAUUCCUAUCUCAGAGAGGCAGAGCUGAAGAACCGGCCUAAGCCUGGGUACAUGAAGAAACAGCAGGACAUCACUAACUCGAUGCGCAGCAUUCUGGUGGACUGGAUGGUCGAGGUGUCAGAGGAAUACAAGCUACACAGAGAGACAUUGUUCCUGGCCGUUAAUUACAUCGACAGGUUCCUCUCCCAGAUGUCUGUACAGCGAAGCAAACUCCAGCUUGUGGGGGCCGCCAGCAUGUUCCUAGCAUCGAAGUAUGAGGAAAUCUACCCCCCAGAUGUUGGAGAGUUUUCUUAUAUCACAGAUGACACAUACACCAAGAAACAGGUGUUGAGGAUGGAGAGCCUGGUUCUGAAGGUCCUGUCCUUUGAUGUGGCUGUACCCACCACCAACUGGUUCUGUGACAACCUACUGAAGGAAUGCCAGGCUGACGAAAAGACAAGGGCUCUGGCCAUGUUUUUGGCGGAGUUGACCAUGGUAGAUGCUGACAUUUACCUGAAGUACCUGCCCAGUGUGAUCGCGUCAUCAGCUGUGUUCCUGGCCAGGUACGCCCUGGGACAGGAGGCCUGGCCUGCCAGCCUAUCUCAAUCUUCCCAGUAUGAAGUUAAUCAGUUUGCCAGCUGUUUGACAGAACUUCACCAGACCUACUGUAAUGCACACAAACAUCCCCAGCAAGCCCUGGUAGAAAAAUACAAAACCUCCAAGUUCCACGAGGUGUCAGACUUCCAGAAGCACCCUCCUCCCUCAUCUUUGCCCUUCAUGUCAUAAAGAAAAUUCCACGGCCAUACCAAAGGUCUUUCAAAAUUGAAGCUAUCAUCAAGUAGUGUUACAAUGAGAGGACCUGGGAAGAUGGACUGAUUCCAGAACAGGGCGGCUUUACUGUUCAGUGUUAGUCAUCACGUACUGCACAGCUAGUGUUACCAGCAUUUAUUCUGACAGACGAUUUCUUGGAAUGAGCACCUGCUUUUUAACCAUUGUGUGAAUGUUGAUUAUUGAAAAGUCACCUGUUUUUAAAAUGUUUAGCUUUAACUUUGGUAACAUUAACUCUCCAGUACGUGGGAAACAAACCUAAAAGUAACUACAGCAAAGUAAUUCCGCGUUAGUGCUUCACUGAAUCCUCUACAGACUGAGGCCGCCCUGUGUCAGAGAUUCCCAGUAACUCGGUGCAAUAGUCAGGCAGCAGCAUUCACUUGUGUAAAUGUCCCAAACCAAAACUAGACGCUUAUUUUAGUGUGAGAGAUAAACUGCAACGGCUGAACGUGAAAACAUUUUUAUCAUUGUAAAUAUUUCCUGAAUUAUUUCAUGCAUGUUGAAUUUUUAUGUGACAUUAAUUUAUUUUGAAUCCUCAGCAACCUUUGAUGUUUUAUUUAAGACUUUCACAUCUUUUUACCUGUUCUCAAUUCUUAAUCUGUCUUCUCUUUUUUUUGUUUUAUUCGUUUAAGUUUUAUAAAUCUUGCAGGAAAUUCGUUAAAGGUUGUUGUGUAAAUGCAAUCAUUGUUUUAAAUUGCAAGGAUUUUUAUGCAUAUAUCAUGAUUUAUAUUAAAUGACCACUCAUGAAAUGAAGCAUAUUCAAUAAUACAGCGUGUUUACUUGUUUUUAUGGUGUUGGUAGUAGAAAAUAGUUUCUGUGAAAUAAUUUACACAGAAGUGUUUUAAAUUCUUUGAUUUUAUACCUUUGUAAUGAAAUUGAAAUAAAUUGAAAUUUUUUUU